GGCAGUUGGUCGUCAGGAGUCGAGGUGUGUUGCUGUUUGCUAGCUCUCUCGUUUUAUUGUCCCAACGUUUCGGAAUGGCCCGUACGAAGCAGACCGCCCGCAAGAGCACGGGAGGAAAAGCACCGCGCAAGCAGCUGGCUACGAAGGCCGCCCGGAAGAGUGCUCCUGCAACCGGUGGAGUCAAGAAGCCGCAUCGCUACAGGCCGGGCACGGUCGCGCUGCGUGAGAUUCGUCGUUACCAGAAGUCGACUGAGCUGCUCAUCCGCAAGCUGCCCUUCCAGAGGCUAGUGCGGGAGAUCGCGCAAGAUUUCAAGACGGACCUCCGCUUCCAGAGCUCGGCUGUAAUGGCCCUGCAGGAGGCCAGCGAGGCCUACUUGGUCGGUCUCUUCGAAGACACCAACCUCUGUGCCAUCCACGCCAAGCGGGUAACCAUCAUGCCUAAGGACAUCCAGCUGGCUCGUCGCAUCCGCGGUGAACGCGCUUAAUGUCGCUUCUUUGGAAGCGGCAGGCAACGCCACAAAAACGGCCCUCUUCAGGGCCACAUCAGACAUGCUUUUCGGACAUGUGUAAAGCGACGUCCUCCCGUGUCUCAAUCUCCGAUGCUGACUUGUUCCAAGUGCAGGAGUUCAAAAGCUGUGAGUACUUUCUAUUUAUUCUCCCAUUUUGAACUAGUUUGCAUUGUGCCAAGUGCUCCGUUCGCAGUUGCUUCCAACGAUUCCUUCAUGUGUUCCUUGUUUUCUAAAGUGUUGUUGAAUGAAAUAAAUAAAGAAGAAAAAAACCUUUCCCGAGACAUUACAGGGUUCAUUUUCUAGCAAUCAGCGAAUAUCACGAUUAUAGAUUCGACCAACAAAAACCCGUGGAGUAAUUAUCUGUUUUUGAGGGAUGUCCACAACAUUUAUUGCCCUCUGCCGGUUUCGGGGA